CAGGAAGCCGGCAAAGGGUCCAUGGUGACAGGGAAUCGCGGGUUUGUUGGGCCCUCAGCACUUUCUGACUUUGCAGUUGCAACAGCCGUCAGACCAGCGCUUCCCACAUGCUAGGCCCAGGACCCGGCUGCUUCGCGGUUUCCCAUCUAAUCCUCACCACAGCCUUCACAUGUUUAUCGUUUGUUUCCAGGUCUUAGUCUCGGGUUCUAACUUGAAAGCUCCCCAGAGGCAGGAUUGUUGGCCUCGUCCCUUUCAUCCUCGCCUCCCCUAGCCCAGGAGGAAUGGCUACUGGGACUGAGUCUGAAUAGGCCAUCCUAUCACCAGCGGUCGGCAGCCUUGGCUACAUGUUGAAAUCACCUGGGUCCCACUCUGAAAUUUCUGAGGUAAUUGCAGGGUUUGGAGCCGUGAAGGUUAAACACACGUGUGAUCCAGCUCCACUGUGUGUUCAAGCAGCAGAUGCGCGGUCAGCUUAAAUCCGACCCAGACGUGGAACUGAGGAAGCAGCAGAUUCAGGUCCCCGUCUCAUUCCCAGGCUCCUGCUCAGUGAGUGGAGGGGCUGAUCAGCCCUGUGCACUGCCUACGUUUCUCCCUCUUGCACAGGGUCCCUAAAGGACAGUCACCCUUGGACGAUGGCGGAGGCCAUUUUCCGCCCCCCAAAGAGGAAGAGGAGGGUGUACGAGAGCUAUGAGUCCCCGUUGCCCAUCCCCUUCGGCCAGGACCGCGGGCCUGGGAAGGACUGCAGGAUGUUCCGGGCCGAGAUGAGGAACAGCAGUGUGAUUGUGAGGAGUGCGGAAGACGCGGAGCAGCUGUACGGGAGAGGCUAUUUCGGAAAAGGUAUCCUGUCUAGAAGCCGUCCAAACUUCACAAUUUCAGAUCCUAAGCUGGUUGCUAAGUGGAAAGGUGUGAAGACAGACAUGCCUAUAAUCACAUCACAGAGGUACCAGCGUAGAGUAGAAUGGGCCACAAAGCUCCUGCAGAAACAAGGUCGGGAUCAGAGCACAGUGCGUGGAAUCCUUGAGGAUUCCACGAAGCCCCUGGAACAUCCUUGUACAAAACAAAGCGAAGAAGUCCAGUUGUAUAAUGAGCUGAACUCUGAAAUGGUUUCCAACAUGCAAGGCACAGCCGAUAGAGAGAGACUUUCUGAGAUGAAUGGGGUCGUGGGAGAUUCAGAGGACCUAGAGGAUCCCAGCGUGCCACCUGACCACCCGCUGAGGGCUUCCAGGCACAACCCGCUGACCGCAGGUGGCCCGGCUGAACCCGCCGUGGAGGUCGCUGCCCCUCUGCCCCCCGUCCACCGCGGCAGACAGGAUGCUCCCCUCCCGUGGUGUGACACUCAGCCUGAGGACAGCAGCCGAGGAUCGGGUCUCAUCUGUGCCCAAGAGGGAGGGCCUGACCACGAGUACGUGCUGGUGGAGGAAGUCGUGAGUGAUGGGGAAGACGCCCCGGAUGGGGAUUUGUCGCAAAAAAGGAGGCUGAUAUGCAGAAGAAAUCCGUAUAGGAUCUCUGAGUACUUGCAGCUCAGCCUGGAAGAGGCUUUCUUCCUGGUCUACGCUCUGGGGUGUCUGAGUGUUUACUAUGAGAAGGAGCCUUUAACGAUUGUGAAACUCUGGAAAGCCUUCACCGCAAUUCAGCCCACGUUCAGGACUACGUACAUGGCCUACCAUUACUUCCGAAGCAAGGGCUGGGUGCCCAAAGUGGGACUUAAGUACGGAACAGAUUUACUGUUGUAUCGAAAAGGCCCUCCGUUUUACCAUGCCAGUUACUCCGUCAUCGUCGAGCUAGUCGACCACCGUUUUGAGGGCUGUCCUCGCAGGCCUUUCAGUUGGAAGUCACUGGCCGCUUUGAGCAGAGUUUCUGUUAACGUCUCCAAGGAGCUCAUGCUGUGCUAUUUGAUUAAACCCUCCACCAUGACUGAGAAAGAAAUGGAGUCACCAGAAUGUAUGAAACAAAUUAAAGUGCAGGAGGUGAUUCUAAGCCGCUGGGUUUCUUCACGGGAGAGGAGCGACCAAGACGAACUCUGACAGCUGCACCUCAGGUGUCCGAUUUCCCCACCAAAUGCUUAGUCUCCUCCGAUAGGCCCAGUGCAGGGCGAGGUAAAGCGUCCUUUGUAAUCGCCGUUGAUUUAGAAGUUUUAAAGGGCCUGGCGCUCCCAGCACUGGAAAAUGUUCGUGCUUUAAAAGGUAAAAUUACACGGGAGUCGGGGGAGGAGCCCUGUGCCGGGACUCCUGGUCCUGCCCUCGCAUCGGUCCCUGACGCGCUGGCCCUGAGCUUCUCGCCGCUGGGCCUCGUCCCCUCCGUGGGGGUGCUGGACCAGGUGCGUCCCAGGAGGGCUCUCCCAGCACCAGGGAGCUCCUGUUCCUCUCUGACUUGACCUGAGCGUGAUCGUCGUUCACCUUUACUCCGCCCUCUGCAGUUUCCAGCGCGCCUCUGUGCACAGGUCUCUCCUGUUCCCCACGUCCAGCCUGUCCUGGAAGAGGGCCAGCCAGGUCUGGACAUUGCAGGGCCCUGUGUUCCAUUAUUUUCAACAGAAGAAGUGAUAAUGUGUCUCAGAUUGUCCAGGGACUUCAACCAGCUACUCAGACACGGAAAAAUCCGUUUACUGUCUACCAAGGAUUUCUGUAUCACAGAAACAUAUAAAAACCACAAUUACCUAAUUAUUUAAUUCUCAGUGAACUCAUUGGUGGGCACGUUGUGUGGAGAGCACACAGUAUUUAUUGUUCAGUAUUAGAUAAGAAUUGUAUCUCGCUUCACUGAACUUGUUACAAACCAUGUGGUGAAAUGAUGUAUGAAGAUGCGUUGUGAAUGCAGUUAGCACUUGGUAAAGCACAAUAAACAGCCCUUCUUAAAUCA